AUGUCCUCGCCAGAAACAGGAGUUCGAUUAUCCAUAAACUUGAGAGAAAGAUGUCGAAUGCAUGAUUUGAACGAAGCGCUCGACGAUCUCAGAGGGGUGCUACCGUAUGCCCGAGGGGAAAGAUGUCGAAUGCAUGAUCUAAACGAAGCGCUCGACGAUCUUAGAGGGGUGCUACCGUAUGCCCGAGGCGGCUCAGUGCGAAAACUAAGCAAAAUUGCAACUCUACUCCUCGCCAAGAAUCACAUUAUCAUGCAGGUUGGCCGCUUCAGAAAUUCGAGUAGUUGA